AUGAAAGAACUUGUCGAGGUGACCAGAAAGAUCAAGAAAAAAAGACGAGAAGGAAGAAGCAGCAGAAGAAAAUCAACAACGUCUGUUCCUCCCGAUAUAAUUUCAGAGAUACUCUCAAAGCUGCCUUUAAAAUCUCUUAUGCGGUUUCGUUGUGUUUCAAAGCUAUGGUCAUCAGUCUCCACCGAUCCAUACUUCAAAAAGUCGUUCCAAGCUCAGUCCUCAGAACGUGUGAGUCAUAUUUUAGUCGUCGGCUUCAGAGAAAGCGAUGGGUUCUUCGUCUUGUCGCUUCCUCAACAGAAUCUGCAGAAUCGGAUCCACUCUAAUGGUUCGUAUUCAUGUUCUCAACCUAUUGAUAGUUACCGUAUGGAGCACGCAAAACAUCGUUGUCCUUUCACCAUUGAAACAGAGUCAGUCCACGGCUUGAUGAUUUGCUUUCAAAAACCAAACAAACCCAUAGUCUGGAACCCUAGCCUGAGGAAGUUGACACCUUUAUCAAAACCGGGGAAAACAUGGAAGAGUAUAAGAGUCUUUUUAGGAUACGACCCAAUCGAGGGUAAACACAAAGUAGUGUGCAUGCCUAAGCUGAUUUAUGGUCAAGCUUUAGAUGAGUGUAAGGUUUUAACAUUGGGAUCAGGAUCAGCUCAGGAACAAUGGAGAAAGGUCGAAACCAUUCCUGAUCAUUUCCCUUUAACUGGAGAUAACAACGGUUUUUAUCAUGCACGAUGCAUCAACGGUGUUGUGUAUUAUCAUGCCAAAGGUGAUUAUCAUCGUGUUAUAAUGAGCUUUGAUGUAAGAUCUGAAAAGUUCCGUGCGAUAAGAUUACCGCUGGAGACUAAGUCUUGGCGGAUGACGUUAUCUUAUCAUGGAAAGUUAGCUUGUGUUGGUUUUGGUGGUCAUGGUAGGAUACUCCUAAUGAUAGUUUUGGAGGAUGCAAGGAAACCCAAAUGGUCAUCGCAUCAAUUCUCAUCUCUUCCCGAUGGUGCCACUGAUGAUGGUGAGUUGAUUUUUGUUGGAACAGAAUCUUUGGAUAUGAUAUAUAUUGAUCCAAAGAGAAAGACGUUCAGAAGAAUCGACUAUAGUCAUAUUUUGGAUGAUUUUAGACAACGCAACGGACUUGGAGACUGGCCUUCUGCUCUCAAGGGGUUCCAAUUUUUUCACACUGAAACUCUCGUGUCUCUGUAA